CUCUCGAUCUUGCUCCGCGGGCAACUCCCUUGGAGCAAAAGGAUUCAGUUUCCCUGCUCUUCCUGUGGGAUUUCUCGUCCUUGGUGACUUCUUUUGGGUUAGGUAUCUCUCGCUUGCUCUGUGCGUUGGAUGGCAAUGGGGUCGGUCUCCUUGUUUUCUUGAUCGAUCGGCAUCAAAUCCUGUUCGCGUGAUGCUGUCUUCGAGGCCCUUCGAUUCGGUCCCGUUCGAAUUGCUCUUCUUCUCGCAUGCAGAUUCUGUAGCGUGGCGGAAAGCUUCGAUCUUGCGCUGAAUCAUGCCGCCUCUCCUACCAAGUCGCGUACUAAGAGCGAAGAAACCACCACCUGUGCCGCACAGACAUGGGAGGAUUCUUCUCGCUUUGCUACUUGUUCUUCUCCUCGGCAUGAUCAUUCUAGAAAUCACGACAAAUGCUCCGUCACAGGUCACCGUGGACUUCACGAAUGGGACGGAUGUGAUAUGGCAAAUCCCCGAGUCGCCGAAGGCCGUCCUCUUCGUAGCUCACGGCUGCAGCUGCCGGGCUGCCAACUUCUGGGACCGAUCCGCCGCGUGCCCGCACUGUGUCGGGCUGCCCGAGGACAGGCUCAUCGUCCUCGGUGCCCUCGACCGCAAAUUCGCUGUCCUCACCAUCUCCAGCUUCCGGAGAUGCUGGUCGAAGGAGAAGGACACUGGCAUUGUUAAAUGGGUAAUCGAAUGGUGGAUCGAGAAGAAUAAGCUACAAGAGCUUCCGCUCGUGGCUUUAGGAGCUUCCUCGGGUGGCUAUUUCACUUCUGCGCUGGCAAAGGAGAUGAGGUUUAGUAGCGUAGCGCUUAUGAUUGCAGAAGGGGUGUUUGGUUCUAUGGGUGUACCAGUUGGCUAUCCUCCCACCCUCUUUGUCCAUAUGCCUAAAGACCAGCACAGGAUGAGGCUGAUAGAGAGGAAUAUGAUAGCGCUGCAGAAGAGGGGUGUUCAUGUUAAGGAGGUCAGGUGCAUGGAGUUCCCGUUGACUCCUACUCUUUUGUCGGAUAGGAUACCAGGUCUGGAUCAGGCAUUCUCUGUUAAGCUAUUUGAGCUGUUUCAGGAGAAGGGAUUCAUUGAUGAGCGUGGGUAUUUGAGGAAUGAUGGGCGGGCAACUCCCUGGAAGCAAGCUCUCAGGGAAAGGGAACCUUCACUGGAUAAAUUUGAAUGGAUCGAUCAUAUUCAGGAGGAGUUAAAUCUUGCAUUUGGAUACCAUGAGAUGACCAGUCUACAGAUAGAUGAUAUCCUUGACUGGUUUGAAUCUCACAUGGGCUCAGCGUCUGUCUCAUAAACUGAAAAAUAUAUGCUUCACUAGCUAUCCACAAUGCCCGAUUUGAUUGCCUAGUGGCAUGGUACAAGAUGACUAUCAUCUGGAAGUUUUAUCGAUAAAACCAGAAUAUUUUUGGAAUGGACUGGUGACCUGAGAUAUUGAGAAUUGCAGAAUUCUUUUUGAGGAUCUUUGCUAAUUUCAUCUGCAGUAAACAAGUCUCCAGACUUUUUCUUUAUGCAUGACAAGUCGGCCCAUAAAGCUCAGGGAUCUAACAUAUCCACUGUUGUGAAAUCGUUGUCUGACUUUGUGUUACUACCAGAGAUCACCUUUUGAUGCUAUUCUUCUUUUCUGCAAUUAAAAUGAGAGGCAAUGAUCCGAUCUGCAGGCUAGUCUACAAUUUAAUUAUGUGCAUGUUUAUCUUUGGUUUCUUCAUACAAAGAGGCUGUAUAUAAGGGAAGAACUCUCCAUUAAGUGUUUGUUGCAUAAAUUUAUCUAUCUGUUACUGCUCAGAAUUAAGUCAAUCUCUUGUGAUAUGGUCUGUGUUUGUAAUAUCAUACUCGUGGCAUACAUAAGCAGUUGUUUAAACUAAUCCUUAGUGGUUCUGGAACA